AUGGAGGGGAGAGAGAGAGAAGAGGUGGAGAAGCAAGAUGGGGAGGGGGAGUCAGAAGAGGGUAACAGGAAGGAAGAAGAGCAGGAGAAGGAAGCCGAGGAGAGUAAGAAAGUAUGUUUUUUGAGAAUUCUCAAAAAACAUACGCUAGAAGAGCAGGAGAAGGAAGCCGAGGAGAGAAAGAAGCCAGCAGAGCUGGGGAAGGAAGCUGAGGAGAGUAAGAAGCCAGCAGAGCUGGGGAAGGAGGCAGACAAGAGCAAGGGAGGUGAGGAGAGGAGGGUGGAUGUUCGUGAGGGCGAGGAAGAGAAGGAUGAGAGAGUAGAGGCUAGGGAAGAGGAGAGAGAUGAAAGGGGAGAGGCAAGGGAAGAGGAGAAGGAUGAGAGAGUAGAGGCUAGGGAAGAGGAGCAAGAUGAGGAAGGAAGAGACGAAGAGGGGAGAGCUGCUGGUGGUGACAGGGACGGGGCUAGAGAGAGCAAGGAGUUGAAUGAAGAGGGUGAGGAGGGCAAGGGGGUGGGUGAAGGGGGUGAGGAGGGCAAGGGGGUGGGUGAAGGGGGUGAGGAGGGCAAGGAGUUGGGUGAAGGGGGUGAGGAGGGCAAGGCGACGAACCCAGAAGGUGAGGAGGGAAUGGAGUUGAAUGAAGGGGGUGGGGGGGCCAAGGAGGUGAAUGACACGGGUGAGGAGAAAAGGGAGGUGAAUCUGGAAAGUGGGGAUGUGAAUGAAGGGGGUGAGGAUGGCAAGAUUAAGAAUGAAGGGGAUGAGGAGGCGAAAGAAAUUAACAUGGUGGAUAUAGCGGGUGAGGAGGGAAAGGAUUUUAAUGAAGGGGGUCGGGGGGGCAAGGAGGUGAAUGAAAUGAGCAUGGUGGAUAUAACAAGUGAGGAGGAGAAUGGAGGAGAGGAACAGGGGGGUAAAGACUGUGCUGGUGGUGGGAGAAGAAUAUACGGGAAAGGGAGAGAGGUCGAUUGGGGAGGGAGAGUGGAGAAGGAAGAAGAAGGUGAGGGGGGAAAAGGAGAAGAAAUGCAUGUUGUGGGGGAAGCAGAGGGGGAAGCAGAGGGGGAAGCAGAGGGGGAAGCAGAGGGGGAAGCAGAGGGGGAAGCAGAGGGGGAAGCAGAGGGGGAAGCAGAGGUGGAAGCAGCGGAGAGAGCAGCGGAGGAAGCAGCGGCGGAGAGAGCAGCGGAGGAAGCAGUGGAGGAAGCCGUGGAGGAAGCAGCGGAGGAAGCAGCAGAGGAAGCAGCGGAGAAAGCAGCGGAGGAAGCAGUGGAGGAAGCCGUGGAGGAAGCAGCAGAGGAAGCAGCGGAGGAAGCAGUGGAGGAAGCAGUGGAGGAAGCAGUGGAUGAAGCAGUGGAGGAAGCAGCGGAGGAAGCAACGGAGGAAGCAGUGGAGGAAGCAGUGGAGGAAGCAGUGGAGGAAGCAGUGGAGGAAGCAGUGGAGGAAGCAGUGGAGGAAGCAGUGGAGGAAGCAGCGGAGGAAGCAGCAGAGGAAGCAACGGAGGAAGCAGUGGAGGAAGCAGUGGAGGAAGCAAUGGAGGAAGCAGUGGAGGAAGCAGUGGAGGAAGCAGCGGAGGAAGCAGCGGAGGAAGCAGCGGAGGAAGCAGCGGAGGAAGCCGUGGAGGAAGCAGCAGAGGAAGCAGCGGAGGAAGCAGUGGAGGAAGCAGUGGAGGAAGCAGUGGAGGAAGCAGUGGAGGAAGCAGCGGAGGAAGCAGUGGAGGAAGCCGUGGAGGAAGCAGUGGAGGAAGCAGCGGAGGAAGCAGCGGAGGAAGCAGCGGAGGAAGCAGCGGAGGAAGCAGCGGAGGAAGCAGCGGAGGAAGCAGCGGAGGAAGCAGUGGGGGAAGCAUCCGCCUGCUGCCUUGGCCUUGGAACACCGCUCUCCCCUUCCUCUGCCCCUGUUGGUCCCUCCUUCUUCCCGCCCUCUGCCCCUGUCUGCCCCUUCUUCCCGCCCUCUGCCCCUGUCUGCCCCUUCUUCCCGCCCUCUGCCCCUGUCUGCCCCUUCUCCCCGCCCUCGCCUCCUGGUGCUCCCCUCACUCCAGUGAAGUCCGAACCUGUCCCUUCUGCCCCUCACUCUCCUGCUCUGCUGCCCACUCCAUCAACCGCAACCGCUGCUGCUCCAAAGGAGGACAGUCACACUGUGACUGAAGAACGGGUGACAGCAGCGAAGGUCGAGCCACCUGCUGUGACUGCAGGCAUUGAACCUGCCUCUGUGACUAUAAGGGAUGAGAAGGACGAGCCUGCUGGUGUGGCUGCAGUCCUUGAACCCUCUGCUGUGACUGUAAAGAGAGAGAUCUCCGAGCCUGCCACUCUGACUGCUGACCGUGACCCCAUCAAUGUGACUGUAGAGGGUGAAAAGGAUGAGCUGCCUGCUGUGACUGUACAGAGUGUGAUGGAUGAGGACAAUGAGAAGGAUGGAAAGGAUGAGAGGGAUGAACCUCCCGCGAUGACUGCAGGCCUUGAACCGGGCGCUGUGACUGUAAGCGAUGAGCUGCCUGCUGUGACUGAAAAGGAUGAGCCAGCUGCCGUGACUGUAGAGAGUGUGAUGGAUGAGGCCAAUGAGAAGGAUGACAACGAUAUGAAGGAUGAGAAGGAUGAGAAGGAUGAGCCGCUUGCAGUGACUGCAGCCCUUGAACCGUCCACUGUGACUGUAAUGGAUGAGAAGGACGAGCCUGCUGCUGUGACUGUAAGGGAUGAGACGGAUGAGCCGCCUGCAGUGCCUGCAAGCCUUGAGCCCGCCUCUGUGAAUGUACAGGAUGGGACGGACGGGCUGCCUGCUGUGACUGAAAAGGAUGUGCCACCUGCUGUGACUGCAGAGGAUGUGAAGGCUGAGACCAUUGAAAAGGGCGAGCCUCCCGCUGUGUCUGCGGACUGUGAUCCCACUGCUGUGAAGGAUGAAAAGGAUGAAAAGGAUGAGAAGGAUGAGAAGGAUGAAAAGGAUGAGAAGGAUGAAAAGGAUGAGAAGGAUGAGAAGGAUGAAAAGGAUGAAAAGGAUGAGAAGGAUGAGAAGGAUGAGUCACCUGCUGUGACGGAUGAGCGCCCUCCUGUGGCUGUCAAGGAUGUGCCACCUGCAGUGCCUCUAAAGUUUGCACCCUCCCCUGUGGUUGUAAAGGAUGAAGCUGCUGACACCGAUAACACACCUCCACUACCUGCCGCACGUUGCCGGCCAUUUGCCGGGCGGCGCACGGUGGCCCACGGACUCAUAAUCAGAUCGGGCGUCUCAGCAACAAAGAAGGAGAAUCGCAACACUCUAACCACCGGCCAACCGGGCGGCGCACUGUGUCUUAUGCCCCCCCUUGGAGUUCACUCACCUGCCGAACCUUCCAGGCUGCCUGGGCUUUCCGUCGCGGCCCUGGAGGAUCGGAAGGACAAGGGUCGGAAGGAUGACUCACCUGGUGCUUAUGAUGCCCUGCAGCAGCAGCAGACUGCAUCCCCUGUGGUUCUUGCUGCUACCAGGGUUGCACAAGACCCUGGUGUUUCACCUGAGUCUCUGUUGCAACCUGGUGAUUUACCUGAGGGUCAGAUUCGCCAUGAAGAGCAGCCAGGCUGUCAGGAGAUUCCAGCAGAGGCAGCAGCUGAGGGAAGGACCGAUGGCGUGGCAGAAGGGGGUCCUGCCACAUCAGCAGCACCUGAUUCGAUCACACCUGCCAUGUCAGCGGAGCCCGACAAAUCGUCCAUGUCAGCAGAGCUUGGCAUGCCAUCCUCGUCAGCAGACCCAGUCGCUGCUGACAUGCCAGCAGAGCUGGUUGCUGCGUGCCUGGGAGCCAAUCGCGUGCUCCGAUCACGGAAAGCAGCGCCGCCAGCAGCAGCAGCAGCAGCAGCAGCAGGAGGAGGAGGAGCAGCAGAAGCAGGAGGAGCAAGAGGAGUAAAGGCGACUGCAGGAGUGAAGUCAGAAGUAGGAUGCAAGGCAGGAGGAGAUGCAUUGAAGACACCACCACAACGGGGGUUGAAAGCAUCACCACAGGGCCUGACGUGGUCACAUGGAGUGAAGGGGAAUCAAGGCCUUGCUCGAUCACCCGCCCAAGCUAAGUCACAAGGGCGUAAAGGGGUGAGAGGUGUGAGAAAGGGGAGAGAGGGAACGGGGGAGAAGAGUGGAUUGGGGAAGAGAAAGGUUGGGAAGGCUAAGGGGAGAGGGAGGGGUGCUAAGAGGAGGCGAAAGGAUGACGAAAGUGAGGAGGAGGAGAGUGAGGAGGAGGAUGAGGAGGAUAGUGGGCAAGAGAGUGAGGAGGGAGGUGGAAGGGAAGAAACACAAGAGGAGCUCAGGGGGAGAAGGGCGGGAGGGUUGGCAAGGGGUUGGAUGGAGGAGUGGGGAGGGAGGAGGAGGGAAGAGAGAAGAAGGUGA